AUGAAUAGUAGUAGUAGUAGUAAAAGGGGAAGAGACAUUGUCACAAACGAUAUAGAUGCGGCAGCACCCAAGAAAGAGGCAAAAUUGGAUGUGACAAAGGCGGUGGAGGAGACGAAGGAGGGCAUUGAAAGGGUUUUCGCGGAGGCGGAGGUGCUGCGGUGGAAUGGUGUGGAUGAAGAAAUGGAAUGGGCUAGUUGUUGUGUGCUACUUUUCCUCCGACUGCCCUCAACAAUAAUACAAAACCUGCUUGGUCGACACGACAUCACGCAUAUCGUGACUACAUCGUAUCAUCAACCCAACCUCUGCAUAUAUAAAUACCCUUCUCUCCCUCCUCUCCACAUCUGUAUAAACCCCCUCUCUCUCUCUCUAAUAAAUCAUUCUAUAAGAAUGAGCUGCAAUGGCUGCAGAGUUCUUCGCAAAGGCUGCAUCGACAACUGCACCCUCAGACCCUGCCUCGAUUGGAUCGAAUCACCCGAAUCUCAAGCCAACGCCACUCUCUUCCUCGCCAAAUUCUACGGCCGCGCCGGCCUCAUCAACCUCAUCAAAUCCGGCCCCAACCACCUUCGUCCAGAAAUUUUCAGGUCGCUCUUGUACGAGGCCUGCGGCCGGAUAAUCAACCCGGUCCACGGCUCGGUCGGGCUGAUGUGCUCCGGCGACUGGCCGCGCUGCCAGGCGGCGGUGGAGGCAGUCCUCCUCGGCAAGCCGCUCGCCGCCUCCGACGAGCUGCAGAGAUGCGACAUCCGCCACCUCUCCAAGGACGCUCGCCGCGGCCGGAUCCGGAGCAGGUCGAAGCGGGCCGGGGCGGACGCGGAGAGCCGAGCCGACUCGUCGUACACGGCGGCCGAGACGAAGUUCACGAUCACGGGAUGGGAUGAGGAUCGCGAGGGUUUCGAGGUGAAGAGAGCGCGGAGCCACGAUUCGUACUCGGUUGAAACGGUCGAGCCGGCUUUGGUGAACCGGGGUGGUGUUAAACCGGAGCCCGAGGAGAUCGGGCUGGAGUUGACCUUGGGAGGCCCGAAUUUAGUGAUGGGUGCAGUCAUAGAGAUUUCCGACGGCGGAAAUUAAAUUGAAGAGAAAUUUAGUACAAAAAACCCCAGUUUUGGAGGAGUAGUGUUUUUUUUUGGGGAAACAAAGAAUUAAUGUAGAUUUUAGAAGAAUUGUGGAGCUAGUAGUAAAAUGCAUGAAUGAUCUCAUUUUUUGUUGGGAAAUGAGGUAGUUUUUCUAGCAAGAAUUGGGGAGUUUUAGUGUAUAUUUGAUUAUGAAAUAAUUGAUGUUUUGAAUAUAAGCAUGAUGGCAACUUGUAAUG